CAAAAUCGGCAUGGUGGUGGAGAUUGAUAAUCCUUUUGUCAAGAGAUAUUCGAUAUGUUUCGAUGAACGGAAAAUAAUAAUUUUCAUACAUAUUGCAGUAACUGUAAUUGAUUACUCAAACUCAUAGAAUGACUUCUAAGCCUGAAAUCACGUUGGAACACUUUUAUAUUUUUAAUGGCACUUACGCAAAGAAAGAAGGGGAAGAGGAAAAGAAGAUAUUGUAUUACUAUCCGGAAAAGGAUCUAGAUAUACAAAUAAAAAAUAUUGGGCUUAGCGAGGCGAUAAUCAAGUUUACAGAAUCUUUCAAUCCUGGUCAACCAUGUGAUUAUUGUCAUACACACAAGACACGACAGAUAUACUAUCAACCAGAACCAAAUUUCUGGAUGGUAAUGAUUGUUGGAAUACCAUAUAUCUAUAAAGAAAAGGAUGGUAAUAAAUAUCAGAAUGAUGAAGUAUCUAGCAGCGUUUGUCAAGCUAUAUUAAAACAGACAUAUAUGAUGUUUAGAUUAUUCAUGGGUUCUUUUGAAACAAUCAUUAAUGAUCCCGAAUGUGGAUCUGUAAUGUUGUUGAAACUCAAGCUGGAACAUUUUUAUUCACGGUACCUGCUUUCAUUGAAACUGAACAAUAGUGACAUCCUAGAUGUUUUUCAAGGUCUACAAUUUUUGCCUCUUGACAAGAUUACAUUUCUUAAAGUGCAAUGCUUUAUGAAUCUGGUAGAAGCUAUGUUUACACAAGUGAAAUAUACAGCAUUUCUCUAUAAUGAUCAAGUUGUUUGGAGCGGCUUGGAGCCUGAGGACAUGCAAGUAGUUUAUAAUUAUUUAGUGAGCACUCUUUUGCCAGCUCAUCUUGAGAAAGAGUUGCAUGGAGGCUCAAUACCUAGAAACUCCCCUUCACCGUUCACUACUUCGCAUUAUGGAAAAUUUGUUACUGGGCCUGCUAGCGUUAAUGAACCUAGUUUAAUUGGAAAAUCGCCGAAAGUUUUUAUUAACUAUUCUACCAAACCUGUGUCAUUGUAUCUAGUAGUGUAUCGAGCACUAAGUGCUACAAUAUGCCUUUUCGUCGAUAAGAAAACUAGUCUAUUAAUUGAUUUUUUCAAAAGCUUAGACAGUUUUCUAGGCCCACAAUUAACUACAUUAGUUAGCUCUGUAGCUGAUCAGUGCUCUAAACAUGUAAUAGUCACACCAGAAUCAUGCACCAAGUAUCUAUAUUUUAAUAAGUUAAAUUUAGCAUAUAAAAGUACAAUACAUUUAGAUAAUAGACGUUGCUCUAAUGUACUUACAACACCUGAGGUUUUGAGGAUUAUUACGGAUAUAUAUAAUGAUAAAAACAGAUUGAAAGAAGCUGGAGAAAUAAUCAUAAAGACCAUAAGCGAUUAUUGGGUUGUUGGAAAAUUGUCUAAUUUAAGGGAAUUUUUUGUUGUUAUACAACAAAAAAGUGCAAGUAUUAUAGAAAUUGAUGAUGAAGUGAAGAGGCUUUGUGAAAAACAACUAAAAAGUAUCUUUUUUCAUUGAUAACUAUAUAGAAAAAUCAGAAAGUCAUAAACAUUAUUUUCACAAUCUUUUAUAAUGUAAGUUCUAUCUCGUUAAUUAUCAACAAUAUAUAUUCUGUAAAAUAA